AUGUCACAUGCAAUCGAUCAUAAUUUUAUUAACAAAAUUCGGUAUGAGGUAGCAGUACCAGUAUUAUGGAAAAUUCCUGAAAGAAUUCCUUUAACUAAAAAAGCAGAGAAAGCUUAUCGACCACCUUCAUUUAAUUACAUUAAUUUAUGGAAACAUUUAGAUUUAAAACUUUUAGAAAAUAUGAUUAGAUUAGGAAAUGACAAAGAAUAA